AUGUAUAUCCAAAAAAAAGCCCAGGAUGAGAAAACGAACAAGAACAUCAUAUUUAUCAUUUGUGCCGUGAGCAUCAUAUUUGUAGUUGCAAUCGGUGUGGGUACCUACUUCCUAUGUCGCCAACUACGACAACGUCACUGCGAACCGAAAUAUCUUCCAGGGAAAUACCUCAAGCAGAAAUGGAAAGAAUGGAGCCCAGGGCGUGCAUCAUACGGACAGGUCGAGAAUUCAAAUGGCCAAGAUACCUCAUAUCGUGGAGCUGGCACAGCACCAGAAAUGCAGACCAAUGAUGGCGUUCGCCGCGAUACAUCGAUUCGCUCUAUCAUGACGCUACCCCCCUAUUCCCCCAGCCCAAAGCCGACCGAGCAAGUUAUCGCCCGGGAGGGCGAACGUGGUGGCAUGGAUAUCGUUAUGGAAUACCCUGAAACUGUGGAAGAACAGGAAACUCGCCGUGAGGAGCAGAUGGAAUCUAUGUAUCAGAUUCGCCUACAGCGCCGUCAGGAACUAGCCGACCGUGAGGCACGCCGUCGGGAGCGACGAGAAGCCCAGUCGCGUGGGGAUUUCGCUCGCCUUGAGCAACUGAACGCCGAAAAUCGCGCUCGGACGCAAGGUCGUCGUGCAGGAACCAACAGUACAGCCAGCGCAUCCGCAAUCCUAGCCGAGCAUCAGGCGAGAGAGCGGGAAAGACGUAUCGCUAGUGUUAGCUAUGCCGAACUUGGACGUGUUCGCCAUGAUGGAUCACGACUUCGAGCUGACUCGCGCAAUUCUGAGUCGCACGAUUCGGAUCGCCGACCGCUGUUGCAAAGUGACGCUGUUAGCUCCACCGCGCCAUCCUUUGAACCAUCCGGCUCCGAGUCUCGAGGAAACUCCGUUUCUUCGUCGAUGAACGACUCGAAUGUUGCCACCGAGCUCGAACAUUUAACUUCGACUACAACACACGGCUCCAGCCGACCAGUAUCACAAACUGACGACGGAGAUCUGGGGAUGCUGAACAUUCCUCCACCUCCCGACUAUGAGCACCUGGACUGGGGUGAUGCUCCUGCGUACCAAAGCCCUGUUACGGAACAGACUGAACACGCGCGGCAGCUGCCAACUAUCGACCGGUUGCCUUCGAUUCACGUCAAUUUGCCCAGCCCUAUGACUGUGUCUCCUGUAACGCCGACUCAGUCGCAAUUCCAGAAUAUCAAUACCGAUGAACCUCUAUCCCCCACAGAGCGGACAUCGGGAAUCCGAAUAGUGUCAGCAGAAUCGGCGACUACCACUCGAACUACCACCCGAGGCCCACCACCUCUACCCAACGAUUCGAUCACCUCUGAAACCAGCCAUUAA